AUGUCCUCCACCAUGUGCGACACGUGGUUUUACGAGUCCUCGCCUUGUCGCAUGUUUUCGCCGCGUGUUUAAGAAUCGUGCCAUAAAAUACACUUUGGUGUGGGCUUGAGGUGUAAUUCGCGUUGAGACUCACCAAAUCCAGCUUAAAAUCAAAAUAUGGCGUUAUGGGCGAAGGCACAACGACUCCAAGGGGAUGCUCUGAGACAAGUCCUUUCUAUGUACGGCCCUCACUUCCCGCUCGAAGUCCGGCAUUAUCUGGCUGAUUGGCUUGAGGCAAGAACAUGGACUGAGUUAGAGCCAGAAAAUCCAGAGCAUGAACUCCAGGCAACCAAACUGGUGACUUCGCUUAUUGAAGAGCUAGAGAAAAAGGUGGCACUUCUAAAAACCCCAGAGCAAUUCCUGAUAAUCAUGAAGCUCCGUGAAGCUCUUGAUACCAUCAAGAAAACUUAUCAGAACAACCCCUGUGCUUUGAUCAAGAUUGUUCGUCAAACAUUGGCAACAGAGCUGAAGCUGGUCCAGGAGGCUGAAAUGAGCAAUCCUAAUGGGAGCUGUUCAGGAGAAACCCCACUGACUGUUAUCCAUGCAGAACUCAUGCAUAAGUUAGAGGAAAUACGAGAGAAGACAAAUGCUACAUAUGAAGAGGUCCAUCAGCUGGCUCAGGUGCAAGAAAGCCUUGCUCUCAUUAUCAAUGAGCUUGCCACUCUUGAUGCCACAAUUCAGUCUGUCUCAAGUCAACCUGAGACCCCGCAAACCCAGGAAGUAAAGCAGAGACUUCUGCAGCACAAGGAAUCCAUCAACCAGCAGAUAACAAUCACGUUGAAAAAGCUGUUGGAACUGAGACUCAACCUUGUGGAACAGUAUAAGGAAACUGUGAGCGGGAUAGCAGCUCUACAGUCUCGGAUCCUGGAGGAGGAGCUGGCCAAGUGGAAGAGGAAUGUCCAGCUAGCUGGCAAUGGAGCACCUUUUCUCACCCAUCUAGAUACAAUCCAAGAAUGGUGUGAAAAUCUCGUGGAGGUCAUUUGGUUGAACCGGCAUCAGAUGAGAGAGCUUGAACACCUGAGGGCACGACUCCCUGUCAAGCUCCCAAAUUCCCUCUCUGAUUCUCUUCCCACCCUUAUUUCCAAAGUCACUGAGCUCUUGCACCUCCUUGUUGCCAAUACAUUUGUCGUGUGUGAACAACCACCUCAGGUGAUGAAGACAAAUAUCCGAUUCUCAGCCUCAGUUCGUCAUCUGGUUGGAGGAAAGCUCAAUAUCCACAUGGCUGCUCCCAAGGUGCGAGUGGACAUAGUGAACGAGAACCAGGCCAGAAAGCUUCACCAGCUUGCAAUGGUGCAGUGGCAGGAGUUCAGUGGGGAGAUCCUCAAUAAUGAGGGGACUUUGGAAUAUCACCAGGCAUCAAAGCAUCUCUCUGUUUCUUUCAGGAACAUGCAGCUGAGGCGAAUAAAGCGUUCUGAGAAGGACAAGAAGGCAGCAGACUCCAUCAAAGAUGAGAAAUUUGCCUUGCUUUUUCAGACUACAUUCACAUUGGGUGAUGAAAAGCUCUUCUUUCCUGUGUUCACACUGUCCCUGCCUGUAGUUGUGGUGGUUCAUGUAAACCAAGAAGCAGGAGCUUGGGCAACUGUAUCAUGGCACAAUGCUUUCUCUUCUCCUAAACUUCCCCCUUGGGCUAUGCCAAGUCAGGUUCCCUGGCCACAGGUGGCUGAAAUGCUCUCCAUGCGCUUCCACUAUGGCCUUGCCACUCACAAUCACUCAUUGGACCAUUCUCAGCUCCAUUUCCUUGCCUCCAAGCUCUUCAGGACUAAGAUGGAUGACUACAAUUCAGUUAUGGUGCAGUGGAGUCAUUUCUGCAAGGACCCAUUGCCAAAUCGCAACUUCACCUUCUGGGAGUGGUUCUAUGCAGUUGCUCGCCUCACCCGGGAGCAUCUUAAGGAACCUUGGGUUGAUGGGAGGAUCCUGGGUUUGAUAGGACGAGCUGAGACAGAGGAGCUCCUUCUCCCAUGCCCUCAUGGUACUUUCCUCCUCCGCUUCUCAGAUUCUGAGUUGGGAGGCGUCACUGUUGCAUGGGUUGCCGAGGAUCCAAUGUCUGCCAAGCGAGAGGUGUUUAUGCUUCAGCCCUUCACGGGAAAGGACUUCACGAUCCGCAGUCUUGCUGAUCGUAUCUCGGAUCUGAAGUACUUGAUGUACCUCUUUCCUCACAUCCCCAAGGAUGAGGCUUUUUCCAAGUACUACACCCUGGAUGAACCUAAUGUAGCCUCUUCAAAUGGAUAUGUGAAGCCCAACCUUGUCACCCAGGUUCCAGGAUGGACAGAGCUGAGCACAAGUCAGUCGAGUGAUUCUGUGCCAACCACUCCUCAGCCCACUUACACUGCAUCACCUAGGUUGGCAAGUGGAUAUGAGUUUUCAGUGGUGGACCUGAAGGAUGUCCUCAUGGCCGACCUGGACCUGAGUCUUGAUGUUGUCCCAGACAUCUCCAAACCCUCAUAGUCUCUGAUGCUUCUCCUCCUGAUAUUGUGAUAUCUCAGAAUAUCUUUCCUUUUGAUGUAUUUGUUGCUUUCACUUAACUUAUAAGAGCCAAUGAAAGUUUUUAAUAUGGCAUUACCUAAACAUCCCAG